CAUGGCCGCGGGGGCGGGAGCGGCCCUCGAGGAGCUGCCUCCCGACGGCACGUGCGAUGAGUGCGAGCCCGACGAGGCCCCGAGGGCCGAGGAGCUGUGCCGGGACUGCGGCUUCUGCUACUGCCCGCGCCACGCCGAGGCGCACAGGCGCAAGUUCCUCAGCCACCACCUGGCCGAGUACGUCCAUGGCGCCCAGGCCUGGACCGUGCGGCCCCCGGGGGGCGACGGGGUGGGGAAGGACGACCGCGGGGCCAAGGCUGAGCCGGAGGCGGAGGUAGAGAGCGAGGCGGGGGAGGAGAGCGAGUCCGAGGGAGACAGUGAGUCGGAUGAAGAGAGUGAGUCGCAGGAGGAGAGUGAGGAGGAAAGUGAGGAAGAGAGUGAAGAGGACAGUGAGGAAGACAUGGAGGAUGAGCCCGAGAGCGAGGCGGAGGAGGAUAACCAAGAAGGAGAGUCCGAGGCGGAAGGGGAAACUGAGGCAGAGAGCGAAUUUGACCCAGAAAUAGAAAUGGAAGCAGAGAGAGUGGCCAAGAGGAAAUGUCCGCACCAUGGGCUCGACUUGAGCACUUAUUGCCAGGAAGACAGGCAGCUCAUCUGUGUGCUGUGUCCAGUCAUUGGUGCACACCAGGGCCACCAGCUCUCUACGCUAGAUGAAGCCUUCGAAGAACUAAGAAGCAAAGACUCAGGCGGACUGAAGGCAGCUAUGAUUGAGUUGGUGGAAAGGUUAAAGUUCAAGAGCUCAGACCCUAAAGUAACUCGGGACCAGAUGAAGGUGUUUAUACAGCAGGAAUUUAAGAAAGUUCAGAAGGUGAUUGCCGACGAGGAGCAAAAGGCCCUUCAUCUGGUGGACAUCCAGGAAGCCAUGGCCACAGCUCACGUGACUGAGAUCUUGGCAGACAUUCAAUCCCACAUGGACAGGCUGAUGACUCAAAUGGCCCAGGCCAAGGAACAACUUGGUACCUCUAAUGAGUCAGCUGAGCCAAAGGCAGAGGGCGAUGAGGAAGGACCCAGUGGUGCCAGUGAAGAAGAGGACACAUGAAGGCUUGGCAUCCCCAGUGGAAAACCACCCCUUCUCCUGUGUGUCUGUAACCCUGUGUGUGUGUCUGUGGCAGCUUUGGAGUUUUGUGAAAGCUGCCCAGCAACCACUGUCCUUCCUCAGAUAUGUCCCCAGGUCCACAGCAGGUACACACUCUCCAAGAGACAGCCAGUCAUGUGCUUCCCGAGUAUGUGCUCCUCAUUGAUUGUUGUGGUAGGUCAAGGAAAGAGCAUUUUUGAUCAGUUGGGAGCAAGUAAGAAGGUCCUUCAGGUACCACCCCCCAACCCCCAUGGCUGCUUUGAACUUAUGACUCAGGAAAGUCCCUGUAACAUUACAAAAGUCAACACUAUGACUUCAUCUGGAAAAACGGGAAAAAACUGAAAGGGAAGUCAGCGUUUUUGCCAAAUGCAAACAGAACCCUGCCUCAUUCCUACUGAAGCAUGGAACAGGGGAGGGCAGAGUCAGGGCGGGGCUGCAUCCGUGGUCUCUCCUAGCCUGUCUGGGGGUGGGGUAGGGUGGGAGCCACAGGGCAGGGAUGACUUGAAUAGGGGUUGGAGAAAGAGUUAAAAGCUGGAAUGAUAGAUAUUUUUAGUAUUUGAAGUGAUCCACGACUUCAGAUUCAUAAUUCAGUGCUGUGGAAAUGAAAAAGUGAUUGAAGAGGUGGAAAGGAAAUGACCUUGGUGGAGAAGAAGAAGUGGACCAAAGAAUCUGAUUAAAAGUUGAAAUCAGUAUUUCUGAAUUCAAAUAGCCUGAGCUUCGAAGUAGUUACUGAAGGACCUGACAAAACUUUAAUUAUUUGGGUGAACUCUUCAGGUUUUGUGGGCUUGUCAUAACAGGAAAGCCUGGAAUGUAUACUGCCAAAUGAGAAUUUUCACUGUAGAUUUUGCCAGUCUCAAUCCCAGGUCAGCCUGAUAGAGCUUAUAUUCAGUGUGGGAGAAUUCUUGCCUCUUUGGCUUGGUGAAUUUAGCUUCCUUCCCAGGCUGAUAGCCCCGCCCUUCACUCCAGCUGGUGUCCUCCUUCCUGUGACAUUCCUCGCCCACAGACCUUCAGAUCAUCCCGCACACCCUCACUCUUCUUAAGUAGCGUGAGCAGACACACCCCGGAGCUUGGUCUCCAGGAUUUUCUCCACUCCCAAACCACAGUUCCUUACAACUAAGCUUUUUACCCCCAAGGAGGCAGUGAUAUCCUAGGGAUAUGCAAAAUUGCAAGUACAAAAGCAUGCAGUUUACUAAAAAUCAGCUUUCUUAACAAAUUGUUUGAAGUUAGGGGCUAGUUUUUUUUAUAUAAAACAAAACCAGUUAUAUUACAGAAUACAGUAUCCGUCCACAUCAACUGUUGAGCUGGAGCGGGAGUCUUGGAAGGCACUUCUUGUUUGCAGAUAGUAUAUGCGUUUCCUCUCUGCUCUGUGCUUGGUAGUAGUUCUGUGUUCAUUUCUGAAGGACACAAACAGAACUGUACGCACGAAGCCCUGGGGUUACUGCUGUGCAGGCCUAGACUUCAGCUCUUCUGAGGCAGGACCGAGGCCCCUGUUCCAGGGGAAUCCCUCUUUUCCUGCCUCCCUGCUUGCCUGCCCGUGUCUGUGUACUUCUUACUAAGUGUCCGGGCCAGCUGAUAAUGCACGUAUGCAGGAUAGUUUUGGGGCAGGUAGUUGUGAGGCAGAAACAGCACUAGCUUACUGUGGGAUCCAGCUGAUACCAUUAUUCAACUCUGCAUGCUCUGAAGUCACCUAGUCCUCUGAGGCCAGGAAGUUACCAAACACAUAGACUUCCAGGUUAGGAUUGCCCCUGCUCACCAUAUGUACAGCAAGGUUGGGACUGAGAGGAGUUUGAGCUGUUGAAGAAAUGUUUCUUUCUCCAACUGU